UUGUGUCAGGGAGGGGUGGCCUGCCUCAGAAGAUAUUCAUUAUAAACAAACAGGGCAGUUUUUAAAAUGCCUAAAAUAUGUCAACUAGGAGGAAAUACUGACUCCAUAAGCCUAAAUCUCAUGCUUGGUUUUGGACGUUUAAACUAAUGGAUUUAGCAGCCUUUUGGAAUCCAGCCUGUUUGGACAGGGUUUCACCAUGUUGGCCAGGCUGCUCUUGAACUCUUGACCUCAAGUGAUCCGCCGCCCUCAGCCUCCCAAGAUCCUGGGAUUACAAGCAUAAGCUACCAUGCCAAGCCCAAUUUAUACUUUUAUCAACAAGGUAUAAAAGAGCUCCUUUUUCCACAUCAUCUCCAGGAAAGAAUAUAAUAAAACUUCAUGUUUGCUAAUCUAGUCAUGACUGUCCAAGGUAUGAUAAUCACAUGAGAGUGCUCAUUGCUACAGAUGUCAUUUGACUCAUCGGAGAAAAUCUGUCUAAAAGAAAAUACCCAUGUGACCAAAUCCAUUUCAUUAUUGAAUGGCUUGAUGGAUUUCCUGUACUCUGAUUCAUACCAAAGCUGUCCUUCUCAACCAAAGCAAGAAAGGAUCCUGCAUGAGUCAAUCCCAGAAUGCAAUUUUUAUAUCACCAACAGGUGAAGCAAACCUCAUGAAUAGCAAUCACAGAGACUCGGAGAGCAUCACUGAUGUCUGCUCCAAUGAGGAUCUCCCUGAAGUUGAGCUGGUGAGUCUGCUAGAAGAACAACUACCACAGUAUAGGCUAAAAGUAGACACUCUCUUUCUAUAUGAAAAUCAAGACUGGACUCAGUCUCCACACCAGCAGCAACAUGCAUCUGAUGCCCUCUCUCCGGUCCUUGCUGAAGAAACUUUCCGUUAUAUGAUUCUAGGCACAGACAGGGUGGAGCAGAUGACCAAAACUUACAAUGACAUCGACAUGGUUACACAUCUCCUGGCAGAGAGGGAUCGUGAUCUGGAACUCGCUGCUCGAAUUGGACAAGCUCUGUUAAAGAGGAACCAUGUCUUAUCUGAGCAGAAUGAAUCCCUGGAGGAACAAUUGGGACAAGCCUUUGAUCAAGUUAAUCAGCUGCAGCAUGAGCUAUCUAAGAAAGAUGAGUUACUUCGAAUUGUCUCCAUUGCUUCUGAAGAAAGUGAAACUGAUUCCAGCUGUUCUACACCUCUUCGGUUCAAUGAGUCCUUUAACUUAUCUCAAGGGUUGCUGCAGUUGGAAAUGCUGCAAGAAAAGCUCAAGGAACUGGAAGAAGAAAAUAUGGCUCUUCGAUCCAAGGCUUGUCACAUAAAGUCAGAAACUGUUACCUAUGAAGAAAAGGAACAACAGCUUGUCAGUGACUGUGUUAAAGAACUUCGUGAAACAAAUGCUCAGAUGUCCAGAAUGACUGAAGAAUUGUCAGGGAAGAGUGAUGAGUUGAUUCGAUACCAAGAAGAGAUUUCUUCUCUUUUGUCUCAGAUUGUAGAUCUUCAGCAUAAACUUAAAGAACAUGUGAUUGAGAAGGAGGAACUAAGACUUCACCUGCAAGCUUCCAAAGAUGCCCAAAGACAACUGACAAUGGAGCUGCACGAGUUACAGGACAGAAAUAUGGAGUGUCUAGGAAUGUUACAUGAAUCCCAAGAAGAAAUAAAGGAACUUCGUAGUAGAUCUGGCCCUGCUGCUCAUCUCUACUUCUCCCAAUCGUAUGGAGCUUUUACUGGGGAAUCUUUGGCAGCUGAGAUUGAGGGGACUAUGCGUAAAAAGCUGAGUUUGGAUGAGGAAUCUUCUCUCUUUAAACAAAAAGCCCAACAGAAACGGGUAUUUGAUACCGUCAGGAUUGCCAAUGACACACGAGGCCGCUCUGUCUCGUUCCCAGCUCUGUUACCCAUUCCAGGCUCCAACCAUUCAAGUGUCAUCAUGACAGCAAAACCUUUUGAGUCUGGUUUACAGCAAACAGGGGACAAAUCGCUCCUGAACCAGGGAAGCAGCUCAGAGGAGGUUGCAGGUAACUCCCAGAAGAUGGGCCAACCAGGACCCUCUGGAGAUAGUGAUUUGGCUACAGCACUGCAUCGCCUUAGCUUGCGUCGACAGAACUAUUUAAGUGAGAAGCAGUUCUUUGCUGAAGAAUGGCAACGGAAGAUCCAGGUUCUGGCUGACCAGAAGGAAGGAGUUAGUGGUUCUAUGACCCCAACAGAGAGCUUUGCCUCUCUCUGCACCAACCAGUCAGAGAUCACAGACCUCAGCAGUGCCAGUUGCCUUCGGGGUUUUCUGCCAGAAAAAUUACAAAUUGUCAAGCCCCUUGAAGGAUCACAAACUCUGUAUCACUGGCAGCAGCUUGCUCAACCAAAUUUGGGAACCAUCCUUGAUCCACGACCAGGUGUCAUUACAAAAGGCUUUACCCAGCUGCCCAGGGAUGCCAUUUAUCACAUCUCAGAUUUAGAAGAGGAUGAAGAGGAGGGCAUUACUUUUCAGGUUCAGCAACCUCUUCAAGUGGAAGAGAAACUUUCAACAUCCAAGCCAGUAACAGGGAUCUUCCUACCACCCAUUACUUCAGCUGGUGGACCAGUUACAGUUGCAACUGCCAACCCAGGAAAGUGCCUGUCAUGCACAAACUCAACGUUCACUUUCACCACCUGUAGAAUAUUACAUCCCUCUGACAUCACUCAGGUUACCCCCAGCUCUGGGUUCCCUUCAUUAUCCUGUGGAAGUAGUGGUAGCAGUUCAUCCAACACGGCUGUAAAUUCUCCUGCCUUGUCCUAUAGACUCAGCAUUGGUGAGUCCAUCACCAACCGACGAGAUUCCACUACAACCUUCAGUAGCACCAGGAGCUUGGCCAAACUUCUGCAAGAGCAAGGCAUCUCUGCCAAAGUGUACCACAGCCCAGUUUCAGAGAACUCCCUCCUCCAGCCUCUCCCUAAAGCCCUGGCUGUCCCUUCCACUCCACCAAAUUCACCAUCUCAGUCACCUUGCCCUUCUCCUUUGCCCUUUGAGCCUCGUGUGCAUCUCUCUGAAAAUUUUUUGGCCUCUCGACCAGCUGAGACAUUCCUCCAGGAGAUGUAUGGCUUGAGACCUUCCCGGAACCCUCCUGAUGUUGGCCAGUUGAAGAUGAACUUAGUGGACAGGCUGAAGAGACUAGGAAUAGCCAGAGUGGUCAAGACUUCUGGUGCCCAAGAGAAUGGAAGAUACCAGGAGACAGAAAUUGGUCUUCAUAAACCAGAUUCUGCUGUUUAUUUAAAUUCAGGUAGCAGUUUAUUGGGUGGACUAAGGAGAAAUCAAAGUCUUCCAGUCAUAAUGGGUAGCUUUGCUGCCCCAGUUUGCACAUCCUCACCCAAAAUGGGUGUCCUGAAGGAGGACUGAGGCUCAGCAGUUAACUGACCUCUUAUACAAAUGAGCACAUGAGGAUAGCUAUGCACUGAAACAUGUGGUCUGGUCUGACUUGAAAGAAAAGGAAUGUUGUACAAGGGUUGUGAAUGUGAAGAGGGUAAUGGAGGAAUUGAAGCAAAAUUGGGAUGAGCCCUAAUGGAUGAAGUCUGGCAAAUUGGAAGUAUAAAUAAAUGGGCCAGGAGUGUUCAGAGGCAGGAAAGAAAGGUUUAAUAUACUCCUUCAGUUGAGUUUUCUUGUCUUGAAAAUAAAAAGUGAAUAAUAAAUUCACUAAUACUAAAACAUACAGAGAUACUGAACUUGCUGGCACAUUUACUUCUGGUAAGCAUAAAGCAGAGAGAACCCAGGUUGGAAGAAUGAGAAGAGAAAAGGAGCAGUUAUGUUGCUCAUAGAAAGCUGCUCUGAAGGGUUGGUUGGAUAAGCUCAGUGUGUUACCGAGACGAUAGUGAGAUGGCUUAUAUGUUUCCCCCGUUAAUGUCUGCCUAAAUUACGCAUCUAUCAAAUGAUAUGCUCACAGCAUUAGAAAAUUAGGAAUUUCAUCUUUUUUAUUGAAUCACAGGUGGAGACACCUAUUUUCCUUUCUGCUUUCAGGCCUUUGAGCCCCUAGGAUCCCAAAUACCAUUCAAUUAGUUUGUAUUUAUGAUUAAUAAAAGUUCAUUUUUUUAAAUUGAUAUUUUUAUAUAACCUCCAAAAAAAAAAAAAACCAGCUGGGUAGAGAUGGGGAAGAUUUGCUUUUAAGAAGGAAAAUGUGAGGCUGGGCAUGGUGGCUCACACCUGUAAUCCCAGCACUUUGGGAGGCUGAGGUGAGUGGAUCACAAGGUCAAAAUUGAGACCAUUCUGGCCAACACAUUGAAACACCAUCUCUACUAAAAAUACAGAAAUAUUAGCCGGGCAUGGUGGCACGCGCUUGUGGUCCCAGCUACUUGGGAGGCUGAGGUGGAAGAAUUGCUUGAACCCAGGAGGCGGAGGUUGCAGUGAGCUGAGAUUGCGCCACUUCCCUCCAGCCUGGUGACAGAACAAGACUCCAUCUCAAAAAAAAAAAAAAAAGUGAGGAAAUUGCAACCAAGAAAACUUGUUUAUAGAAUAUUUCUUCUGAAUAAGUACAGUAGCCAAGGAAUACAAACAUAAUUGCAUGUUUUUUAAAAUUCCUUGGAGGCUGGAAGGGGUUAAGCCAGAAGUGCAAUCAGUAGGAAUUAGGGAAUGUUGUAUAUUUAUAUAUGUAAAAAUUUUUUGUAAGAAAAGUUGGUUGCAACUAAACCAACUUUUUCCAAAGUGCGCUAUGCAUAUUUUUAAUGAAAGGUGACAUGUAUUUGCACAAAAAUUCUCAGGCACAUUAAAUUAUUAUAAACUGAAGUAAAACCCAGGUGCUUGCUUUGAGAUUGUGGUUUUUUUUCCUAGUGUAAAAUAAAAUAAAACAGAAUCUGCCUUGUUCUUGAUAUUUAUAGAAUUAGAGAAUCAACUUUUUAAGGGAGGAGUCAAAGCUGCUGCUUUUUCUCUAAGGUUCUUUUUUUUUUUAAUGCAAACUGUAUUAAAUGGCAAAGCGAGGCUUUCGGGUUAGGUUUCAGCAUUCAGCAGUUGUCAUAGGCUAAGAAAUGGAAAGAAAUAGAUCCGUUUCUUCUCAGUGUUGCUAAGCAAAGUCUGCUUCUCAUCAAAUUACAUGGCUUUGUCUAGGCAGCUCACAGCUCGGAAAGAAAUGCCUUUCUACAAAAGACAUGAUAGAGAAAAGAUGAGAGAGGGAACUAAUUAUUUUGUUUAUGAAAAUGGGAAGUAAAUUACUUGAUCUUUUUGGUGCUUUAUUUGCAAAUGUUUUAUUCCUUUGUCCUGACUUAAAGGCAGUUUUCUGAAGAAUUUUUGACUUUUGCUCCUAUGGUUUCCAUAGGCAUACCUAUUAGCAGGCCAAGGAGGGAGGGUCCUUUCCCCUUUUGAGACGUCCCCCUGCCAGCCCCCCUGCUUAAAGCUUUGUGCUCAAAAGGCUAGAAAAGCCUGCAUAGAGUGGUAAAAAUGUGUUAGUUUCUCAUACUUCUUAGAAUCCCUUAAUAAAAUUUUUCUUAAUAAAUUCCACAAAAACAAAUAGUUGGAGAUGGUCUCUCCCUUUCGUCCCCUUCACUCAGUCAUGCUGAGGUCAAUAGAGCGUACACAUUCAGAAAGGAUUCCAGCAGGUUCAUACGUAAAUGUAGGUGUCCCUGAGUGGGGCAGGCAUUAAAUAGAAGAAUCCCUACUGUUUACAUUUCCCACAUAUUCCAGUUCACUUUUUAAAAGUGCUGUUUGAAUUUCUAUUUCAUAAAGUGACUAUAGGGUGCUCACUUUAGCCAAUUCUUAAAGUUGUUUAUUUGUUCUCUAAGAAAGUAAUUAAUGCUCCUGUUGCCUGGAUAGUUACAGUUUCCAAGAAACGUCAGGAAGUAGGAAACUGUAGGGCCAGAGAGUGGUACAAAAAUUGUCCCAUUAAGUGUAUUACAUAAAACUAUAAAUUGAACUAGGUUUUGCUAUGUUGUGUGUUGAGUAUAAUUUGUAUACUUUUUUAUAAUUAAUGACAAACUGGUCACUUUGGAAGCAGGGUGGUGGGGGCAGCAGCCAAAUAAGCACAUCUGAUUAAAAAAAAUAUAUAGACUUAGAUUUUUUUUAAGUAUAUUGAUGUUGAUGUCCCACCAGAAACACCUUAAUUGUAUACUGAUGUGUAAUGCCUGUAGAAAUGAAUCUUGUCUUAAAACUGAGUUUUGCUGUUUUUGAAGUUUCCACCUGAAAUCCUUUUUGGUGUAUCCUGAUAAUCUCUAUAAUACUAGAAUUGUCUGCAAAAUAUAGUAAGAAGAAUUGGAGCCUAAUAGCUGAUUCCUCCCAAUUUAUCUGUUAUAUUUUGGUACUAUUCACAUUUUAGUUUUUUUCUAUGAUGAAAAUUGUAUAUGUACUUUCAUGCCAGUAUAGAAAACCUCAUUUUUUUCUCCUUCAAGAAGUGAUUAUACCUCUAGUAUUUCUGAGUAUCCUAUUACCUAGUAGGAGAGAUAGCUUCCUGAGCUCAGAAUUAAAAGUCCUCCUAAAUUGUGAAGAUCCCAAAUCUUAUGUAAAUAACCUUAGGCAUGAGUCCUUAGGGAGAAGUUAAUGACCAUUGUUAAAGUAGUCUUUCAGAAAAAGUUGUGCUAUAUGUUCUUGAUUUGACAUAAAUGAAUAGACUUUGGCAAAGGAGGAAGUAAGUUACAAGGCAGCUUACAAGAGCCUGUUCUCUUUAAAAGGUAAAAUUUUACACAGUACUCGAAGCUUGUUAUCUUUUCUGACCAUUUUAGUACAGAAUUAGUACUUGGUGGUUACUAACAUCAACUUGCGACAUGUAUAACUAGGGCUCUUCGUGUUUAGUGGGCCGGUUCUCUGAUGUCAGAUGCCUGCAGACCUGUACUCCACAUGCAACCCAACAGCAGUGCAGUGUGAUGACUGAGUGGUGGAAUGGUAGAGCACAUCCCGUCAGAGUGGGCACAGGUGCCCUCUGUGGCAGCCAGGGGAAUGCUGUUGUUUGAUACCUGGGAUUUGACUUUGUCAAACAGCUCUUUGUGCACCUAUCUUUGUUUUGUCAAAUGUAAAUCAGUUAAUAAACAUAAAUAGCUUAAAUUUUCA